AUGGCCGGUCACGCCACUGACGAAACAAUGGGCAAAGGCAAAGUCCGACAGCGGCGCGCCCACACGCGAAGCCGCACUGGCUGCUCAGAGUGCCGAAGCCGCAGGGUGCGGUGUGGCGAGCAGCGUCCCACAUGUGAGAACUGCGUUAAUAGUAAGAGAACAUGUGAAUACCCGCCUGUCAAGAUACCGCUGAGGGAGAGACGGGCGCUGGAGAAGGCUGGGGCGACUCAGCCGUGGGAGCAUGUUCCCUGGGAGGCUCCGAGUUCUUCCAAGGGGCCUGAGAUGCCCAACACCCAGGCUCUGGUCCGUCUUAUCACUUACAAACAACCAUCAAUCACUAACAGCCUUUUUGUCUACGGUGAAACCCUUGUCACAUCUGUCACAAAUCAUGGCAAAGAUUGCAUGCCAUAUACCAUAUCAGACCCCGAAGCCCUCCGCAAUGCGAUUUUGAUGGCAGCUACUCAUUUUACUUUCAAGGUCGGCAGCCUCGAAGCAUUUGAGCAUACGUUCCUCUUUCAUAGGAUUGAGACCGUGCGAUUGGUGAAAAAAUGGCUUUCCAGUGGAGAUCUCACCCUUUCAGCUGCCAUCACCAAACAGAUUGCCACCUUGGCAUAUACAGAGUUCUGCAGUGGUAACAUGCAAAUGGCUGAAAAGCAUUUAAAUGUCAUCUACGCUCUCCCAUAUCCAACAAUAGUCCCAUCAACUACUAACGGCAAGACUCGUGACCAAGAGCUUUCUGAUCGCUAUUUUCUACUAACCUCCACCUUCAUCCACGGCGUACAGACUGUUCUCCAUGGCAUCCUCCGCGCCGAAGAAUCAACCGGAGACAAGAACAGCCUCUCAGUCUCCAAUCCCAUGCGUCUCAUGCACAAAUGGUAUAAUUCAGAAGGCCAGUACCUACACUGUCUCAAACUCAAAGCCAUACGCCUCUUCUCAACAUUCUUCAUACUGCCCAAUAUCGGAGCAAGGCUCUCUGACGUCUACAGCGCGUCAAUAAUAAACAGUCUUCGUCAAGUGACGGACGAAUUCUACAAUCUUACGGAAGCUCAAAAGAUACACGACGACUUCUGGAGAACCGGCGCAGCUGCUAGAGUUUACGACACAGUUCUUGAAUCGCACCAAACCUCAAUUACACCUACCGACCAACAACAUGAAGAGACUUCAGAGGCUGAGCAUGAGCAAAAGACUUCUUGGUGCGGAUUGGUCAUUGCAACAGAAUUAUUCCUUGAACAGGUAGUUGUUCUCUGGCGUCCUUUCACGAAGGAGAUAUACCUCUGUAGCAUGAGGAUAUUCCAGCGUGAUCUCACUUCCACGCUCCAGAAGAAAAAUACGCUAGAGAUUGCAGAACUGUUAUUCUGGGAAUCGUUUCUGGGGUUGAUGAGUCUUUAUUUGCAUGAGAAACUUGGGGAUAUGGAGCGAGAACCUGGUUUGAGGCCGUUUUUUGAAAGGAUUAUAAAAGAACAGAGUCGAGAUAUGAGGUUGGAGAAGUGGGAGGAUGCAAGGAGGGUCUUGCUGAACAUUGCAUGGCCGUUGGACUUUUCUGAGGAUGAUUAUGUAAAAGAAAUAUGGGAAGCUGCAGUAUUUGACUAG